ACAUCUCCUCACUCCCUCUUCCACGUCUCCUUCCUCGCAACUCUUCACUCGCCUCUACAUUCACAUAUAUAUACAUGCACAUUCAUUCCCCAGACGCCAUAGCGAAAACAGGACGAAGACGAAUACGAAGACGACGAAGACCCGAUACACGAAUUCGAAGAUUACAACUCGAGUCUCCAUUCGUUUCUCCGUUCUAAUUAAUUGACGAAGAUGCUGAUUGAUUCGGACAGAGAUCUCUGCAAUUCCGGCACGAAACGGGAACCUAACUCGGUCCUGAUCCGUGAGGUUUGGGCGGAGAAUCUGGAAUCGGAGUUCGAGCUGAUCCGAGAGGUGAUCGAUGACUACCCAUUUGUCUCCAUGGACACGGAAUUUCCCGGCGUGAUUUUCAAGGCCGAACCCGCCGUCCUCCGCCGCAACAACCGCCCCUCCGACCUCUACAAGCUCCUCAAGUCCAACGUCGACGAGCUCUGCCUCAUCCAAGUGGGUCUCACGCUGUCGGAUUCCGACGGGAACCUCCCCGAUCUCCGGACCGGAGGCAGGAACCGGUUCAUCUGGGAAUUCAACUUCAGGGACUUCGACGUGGAGCGUGACGCACACGCGCCGAACUCGAUCGAGCUCCUCCGCCGUCAGGGGAUCGAUUUCGACCGGAACCGCCGGGAAGGCGUAGACUCCGGUCGGUUCGCGGAGCUGAUGAUGUCGUCGGGUUUGGUCUGCAACGAGGCCGUGACAUGGGUAACGUUCCACAGCGCGUACGAUUUCGGGUACCUGGUGAAGAUUCUCACGCGCCGCCGUCUCCCCAGCGCGUGCGAGGAGUUUCUCCGGCUUCUGAGGGUAUUCUUCGGACAGAGAGUGUACGACGUGAAACACAUGAUGAGGUUCUGCGAGAAGAGACUGUACGGAGGGUUAGACCGGUUAGCCCGGUCGCUGGAGGUGAACCGUGCGGUGGGGAAAUGCCAUCAGGCCGGUUCGGACAGCUUACUGACGUGGCAUGCGUUUCAGAGGAUGAGGGAUUUGUACUUCGUGGAAGAUGGGCCGGAGAAACAUGCCGGCGUUUUGUACGGUCUGGAGGUUUUUUGAUUGGGGGGAUUAAAUCUAUUGAUUAGUUAAAUUUGUAGUUCAUAAUUCACCUGAAAAAAAUUAAUAAUGACGUGAAAAUAUUCGCAAUUUGUUUAGAAAAUUGUCCAGCUUUGUACAUGGCGGAUGCAUGAGCCAAUACAAUACAACUAAAUUAUUAUUA